AUGACUAUGGCCUCUGCAUCUGCUAUCUCAGUACAAAUCUUUCACACCCAGAGAAGCACUCUUUCUCCUCCUUUCCGUCAUUUCCAGGGUGGUUAUAGCCAAUGUUCCAUGCCAUAUGUGACAUCCACUGCUACUGCUACAAGGUUGCAGGUCACUCUACGCAGGCCUCCCUAUGCUUCCAGAUUCUCUGCCAAACAUCAAACAAUGGUGUGCACCAACUCUAUGUCAAAUGAUGUAGAGCAGCUGCAAGCCAAAGUAACAACCAAGUGCUUCUUUGACACAGAAAUUGGCGGUGAAGCUGUUGGUCGGCUUGUACUGGGCCUCUUUGGUGACGUUGUUCCUAAAACCGUUGAAAACUUUCGCGGCUUGUGCACAGGAGAGAAAGGAUAUGGUUAUAAAGGAUGCUCUUUCCACCGCAUCAUUAAAGAUUUUAUGAUCCAAGGAGGGGACUUCACUGAAGGAGAUGGAACAGGGGGAAUUAGUAUCUAUGGUUCCACAUUUGCAGAUGAGAGCUUUGCAUUGAAGCAUGUUGGCCCUGGUGUACUGAGCAUGGCUAAUGCAGGCCCUGGUACUAAUGGGAGCCAGUUUUUCAUCUGCACAGUGAAGACUCCAUGGUUGGACAAUCGCCAUGUGGUGUUCGGACAUGUGAUUGAGGGAAUGGAUGUUCUGCGGAAACUUGAAUCCCAAGAGACAAGCAGGUCAGAUGUCCCUCGUUUGCCAUGCAGAAUUGUUAACUGUGGAGAGUUGCUUUUGGACUGA